GGAUCCUAAUCGUUCUAAAACAAAGAGAUUGAAUAAAUGUGCGCUUCAUCAUGAGUUAGAACUACUGAGAGAAGAUAUUAUUGGAGCAGCUAAACAUUUGUAUAAGUUAAGAUAUCAACACACCUUAAAAGGUGCAGGUAUUGGAAACUUAAAAGAUGUACCUGAUGGCAUAUUGCUUGAUACUUCUAUGAUUCCUAAAUAUAAAAAAUCAAGUGACACACAAGGAUAUUUAUCCUUCAGUGACACCUUUUUAAAAGAUAAUAUUUCGAUUUCCUUGCCUCAUAUCAAGCAUUUUUACUUUGAUCUCAUUGUGAGAGAAAGCUUGACUCCUAUAACUGAACGAAUGAUUAUGUUUUACAACAGCUUAAUUGGGAGCAACUGCGAUGAGAUAACGACUAACAUAGGAUGCCAGUGUCCAAAAAUGAUUUUAAGUGAAGAAGUUCGAUUUGCUUAUUCUGAUGAUUGUUAUGGUGAAGUUCAAAACAGAGCUAUCAAGUGCAGACUGCCUUGCUUAGAUUAUGAUGGAACAAACAAAUAUAUUUGUGUCUUUGGUGCUGCUCUUGAAACUGGUUCGUGGUACGUAGAUGAAGUCAGCGAGACUAUAAGAGAAGAAAAUCCUGAUCGCUAUAGCAACCGUGCUUAUUGUAAUCCUCCAAAUCAAAAUGAUUGGGAUCAAUGUAUGAAUGUUCAAAAUCUAAACAAAAAUGUGUUAGUACUAAGUGAAAAAUCAUCCGGUAAACAGAAAAAGGUUAAUCCAAAACGACGAAAGCAACCUCCUCCGAAAUCACGUAUUAGUUUAGCUGGUGUAAUAGCAUUGGCCACAGGUCGAAAAUAAAUCGUUUCAUAAUGGUUAUUAAAAGUAUGUAAUAAAUGCAGAAUUAUAUUUGUAAAAUUGUUUUUAAAA